AUGGCUUCCUUGUCUUUGGAGUCUACAGAACAAUCUGAGAAUAGCCCAGAGGAGCCAACGGCAACGGAGGUCAAAGAAGAAAAAGAUCCCGUCCAAGUUUCGGAACAAUUACUCCAAAGUUUCCAAAAGUCGGCUCUGAGUUUUUCCACUGACCAAGUAUCAUGUCUCUGCGAGGCCCUUCUGCAGGCGGGCAAUGUGGAUCGCCUGUGGAGAUUUCUCUCCACCAUACCUCCUUCGUCCGAGCUGCUACGUGGCAACGAGACCCUGCUGAAGGCCCAGGCACUGGUGGCUUUCCACCGUGAAGAAUACAAGGAGCUUUACGCCAUCCUGGAGAGUCACGACUUCCAUCCGUCUAACCAUGGGUUCCUGCAGGACCUGUACCUGAAAGCCCGCUACAAGGAGGCGGAGAGGUCCCGGGGCCGCAGCCUGGGCGCCGUGGACAAGUACCGGCUCAGGAAGAAGUUCCCCCUGCCCAAAACUAUCUGGGACGGGGAGGAGACCGUGUACUGUUUCAAAGAGAAGUCACGAAAUGCCCUGAAGGAGUGCUACAAGAGCAACAGGUACCCCACUCCGGACGAGAAGAAAAACCUGGCCAAAGUCACCGGACUGUCCCUCACACAGGUCAGCAACUGGUUCAAGAACCGCAGGCAGAGGGACAGGACCCCGUCCGGGACCCACAGCAAAAGUGAGUCUGAUGGGAACCACAGCACUGAUGAUGAGGCCACCGCCAUGGACGACACCCCCGACAAACCAGAGGAGGCUGCUGGCUCCACAACUUCCAUCAUCUCUCUCUCUGCAGUCCCCUGUAGCACAGGAGGCCAGCUCAUCCUCAACGGGUCCGGUGGCUUCCUCACAGCCUCUCAGCCAUUACUCCUCAAUGGGAAUUCCCUGAUCUCCAGUGCUGGUGCCGGUGUCAUAAUUAACGGGCUGAGCUUGGGCGAUUGCCAGACAGUUACACUGAGUCCUGCUACAGCCAGCUCUCCUUUGAUACUGAACGGGGCUCAGGUAAUAACCAAAUCUAGUAUCAGUGUGCAGCAGCAGCCACAGCAGACAGUCUCUGUGGCAGAGCAGGUUUCAGCCAUGGAGGCCAAGACAAGCAGUCUUCCAGCAGUUGUUCUUGGUACUAACAACACACCAGUCUCAAACCCUCCAUCCAUAAUCUCUCUUCCUUUGCAAACCAAGACAGACAGUGGCAAUGCAAUGGAUUACAUCGGUAUGCCUGAAUCAGAGGGCAACAGCCAGACAGUAUCUUCCUCUUCUUCAUCUUUAUCCCCCUCUUCACCAACUCUGUCCUCUCCAAACAGCCUCCCCUCGCUAGUCCUGACACAAAACACCCAGGAGUCCCUCACCCUCCCAGCCUCUAUGUCAUCUGCAGGCAUGGUUAUCUCCAGUUCUGCUGUUCCUCUCCCCAGUCAACAAGGGGAGUAUGUUGUCUUUGCCACUGCUGGCUCCCAGUUAAAUUCUCCUAGCUCUGUAGUUUCCUCCAGCAGUGCCACCCCUCAGGUCUUCUCUCUGCCCCAGGUUGUGCCUUCCAUCCAGGGUAUACCAGUAUCCCAGCUGGUCCAGCACUCCUCAGGAGCCCAGAUGUCCCAGUGCCCUCAGUUGGUCCCAGUAUCGCCCCUCACCUCACCAGCUCCUCAGUUUCAAAGCCCCCAGACAGUGAACACAGGCGCCAGACUGGCGCAGCAGCAACAGGAUGCUUCAACAACUCUGCCUGAAGGUGCCGCAAACAUAGUCUCUAUUUCACAGCUUAACAACAAUCAGCUGCCACAGCGAAUGGCACACCAACUGGGGGAUCAAACCACAAACUCCUCACCAAACAAAAUCCAGGCUCCGCAGGUUAUUUCCAUCUCUUCCCCAACACAAGUAGUUCCAGUCCCCCAGGCCAAAGGCACCACACCAACACAGUUAGUCCCACUCUCCAUGCCUCAGCUGGUCCCAGUCUCUUCCAUCCAAACGUCCUCCACCAUCUCUUUCCCCCAAGUGGUACCUGCCAGUCCUUCUCUCUCCAUCCCCUCUGCUGGAGUGCCUUUACAGAUUCUGACUUCAGCUCCUGCAGCUGGAGCGGUUGCACAGGGUCCUCUCAGGAUAAACCAGCUGAGGCCCAUUCAGAGCGUGGGUCCCCCAACCAGCAUGGCCCCUGGUGUGCAACUCCUCAACUCUGGGAUCAUUCAGCUGCCCUCUGCUCCUCCAGGUAACCUUCUCCUUGGUGGAAGCCCCUACCUGAGUGUCCAGCAAGGCAAGCUGAUUCUGACCAUCCCAGCAGGCAUUCAACUCACCAGUUUGCCCCUGAAACCAGUCCCAGAGACUUCAUCUAUCCCUGCUAAUGGCUUGAGCUCCGUUCUCACUCCCUCCAUUCCUCCUGUGGCUUCCCACCCUUCAACCACCUCAGGCCCAACCCCCAGUGGUCUCACAUCAUCUCCUCUGAACUUCAUCAACUCGUCUCCACCAUACUGUGCUCCAGAGACUGGGGCCACAACAAGCCAGACAUCUGCCGUCCCCUCCCCUCAUACGCUGGACCAUUCGGUCAUCCCCACAACGCCAAACACUCUCACCCCAGAGAGCAUGCUCACCCUCAGUCCCAUGUAUAGUGGAGUCACACCCAACACCCAAUUGUCCCAACCAGCAUGGAGCCCUGUGUCCCUCUCCACUUCAGCCAGUCUAACUCUGUUUGAUGUCCGCGGCAAGGGGGACCUACCUGUAGACCCGGCUUUGUUAGGCCUCCCUGGAGGAGAGUCGCUGCUUCUGGGAAGCUCCUCUCUGGAGCAGGAUGUGGAAGCCAGUUCACCACUGGGGAAUCCAGAGGACAUGGAUGGGGACUCCAAGAUUCUUACUCAGCUCCAGUCUGUCCCUGUGGAUGAUGAGCUGGGCUUGUAGUCCCUAUGUAGCAACUCCAUGCCUUGAAAAACAAAAAUGAUAAAACACACAGUAGGUUUUUUUUUUAAUUGAUCUGAAAGAUUUUGUUCCAUAUUGUCAUCCCUCAAAGACUUAAAUGUCUUUUCCAACAUGUUGAGCUUCUAAUCAUGUACAAUGAUGCUCUCUCAGUAGGGCCUGAGCUGGCACUUUUGAUACAAACCCCCUGCUGCUCUAUUUCACAUAGAUGGGCAGGGUUAAAUGGGAUGUUCACCUGCUGGUUCAAGAUCAGACUAUUUCUG